AUGUUUAGAGUCACGUCCUGCUUAACAGUUGCAAGGACUCUUUUUUACCGUCGUUACCCAGUAGACUUUCGAGUAGCUACUAUAACCCGCUUCCCUACAAAGUACAAGUAUAAUAAGAGUUUCAAAGAGAGAGAGACGUGUCCAGUGCCUCCCCCACCACCGCCACCUCCACCUAAAGAUGACAGUUUGUUUUGGGGCACUAUAGCUUUAUUGUUCCUUGCUGGUGGCUUCGUGGUAUAUGCUAAAGGUUCACCAGAAGUACGCGAUUGGCUGACGAUAAACGCGCCAUGGUUCGAUGACCUUAUAGCUAUAUUGUACCAGGAGAACAUGACUUACGGAGAGUUUGCCGUUACAUGCGUCGAUGGCACCAAGAGGUUCCUUGAACGCCUAGCUGGUACUAACAAACCAAAAAAGUGCUCGCUUGAUGGCGGAGAAGUACUCAAUUAUGAUGUGCCUGAAGAAUGUAAGGAAUGUGUUAAAGAUCCUGAUGAUACUGAAGUCUGUGUACCUGAACCUCCCCCAGUUAUCACGAGGAAUAUUUGUGAAAUCGAACGAUGUAUGGUCGAUCUAGGAGAGGCUGUUAUCAACAACUAUAACACUGCAAAGGAAGCUUGCGCUUGUUACAAUUCGCUAAUAGAAAACACAAUGACAACAUUUACUUUCAAAGGUAUGAAAGACUUACGGCCGGCUAUGGAAGAACGAAUAGAACUCGUCAACAACUCACUUCAUAACGCUUCAUGUGCUAUAGCUAGACUUGAUGAAAUGGUCAAGUACCUGGAUUGCGGUGUUCUGGCAUCGAAGGACCAGAUAAAGAAUUCCAAACUCCUGGCUCGAGAUUACCACGAAAAAUUCAAGGCCGCCUUCAUGGCAUACCAGUGGGAGAAUGACAGGUCCAUUGCUUUGGAUGCUCAGUGGCAGUUGGUAGAACAAUCAGUGGAAAAAUACACAUGGGAGAAUGAGGCGAUAUUUCCCGAACUCAAGUAUAUUCAGGCAAAACCGACUAUAUCAGGAGAUAUGGACAUAUUGCUUUAUAAUACCUAUCGAUAUAUUCAGCAACUGACAGAACAGGUGAAGGAUACCACCGAAGGUAUGACUGAGAGGAUAAAUCGCGCUAUGGAAACAUUGUCACAAGAACCUGAGAAAGUGAAAGCAAGAGAAGCAAAUGUACAAACUGUGGUAAAGAGUAUGAAGGCUGAUGUUGACAAGGAUUUCAAAAGCAGGGAAGAUCAACAAAAAGCGGAGAAUGACAAGUAUCUAAAGGAUAGCUUGACAAAACAGACGCAACGACACGAUGAAAGCCUGGCUAAAAGACUAGCGCAGUUGGAGGCUGAUAUUAAUUCGAAAUUCCAAGGCAUGGUGGCGGAUAAAGUGGCUGCUGAGAAGAAAAUAUUUAAAGCUGAACUCGAUGCUAUGGCUCAACAACUGAAACUCGUUGAAGACAAACUGGAAGCUCGGUUAAAAGCAGAGCGGGAGGCUCGCCGUUCACAAGAGCUCUGGUCAGCCGGAGCCUCGUUACUGGCCGCGACCAAAAAAGGAGAACCUUACGUCAGGGUUGAUAAAGAACUUAAAGCCAUUGAGAAAGCAUCAGGUGAUGGUGACAAGUUAGUGACGACGGUGUUGAAGUCUAUCCCUAAGUCUGUCCGGGAAGUCGGUAUCGUCCCAGAAAGCGUACUAAGAGAAGGCUUCAAUGUCAUGGAGAAGACUGCAAGAAGCGUGGCUCUAGUCGAGGCGGAGGGAGCAUCGAUGCCAGUGUACAUGCUGUCCUGGUUACAAGGACUGAUGCUCUUCAUGAGAAUAUCGGGAAUACCACAAGCUGAGUUUGAUCAGCCACCUGAAGAACCUAAUGACCAAUUGGACACGUUUGAUCUACUGCAGAGAGCGAGAUUCUGGUUGGACCAUGGUAACUUGGCUGCGGCGGUGCGUCACGUGGACUCGUUGAAGGGGGCAUCGCGUGCGGCGGCUGAGAAAUGGUUCGAAGCUGCACGAGCUCACCUCGAGGUCCGUCAAGCGGCUGAAGCUGUACUUGCACACGCCGCCGCUAUGGCCCUUCAGUACAUAUAA